GGAGGGCGUAUGUCAGCUGGAUCAGCAAGUGAGAGCAGCAAGAGAGGGAGCCACAGCACAGUGAAAGAGUGUGUGUGUAUGAGCCUGCCUGCCUGCCUGCCUUCCUGCUUGCUUGCCUGACUGACUGUGUGUGUGUGUGAGAGAGAGAGAGAGAGAGAGAGAGAGAGAGAGAGAGAGAGAGAGGGAGAGGGAGAGUCAGGGAGCUUGUGGAUACUACUCCACCAGACUGCAUGUCUCUGGCAUCACUAGGGGAGCAGUCCACACAUUACAGAGUCCAUCAGUCAAGAGCCCAAGGGAUGCAUCUACACACUACUGUACAUCACACCAUGGACUUUCUUUAAGUGGAUUUAACAGGUGUCAUCAAUAAGGGAUCACAGCUUUCACCUGGAUUCACCUGGUCAGUCUUCGUCGUGGAAAGAGCAGACAGCCUAUACCAGGCCUAGCUGAGAAUCUCUAUCAUGGCGUCCAACAACACAGCAAGCAUCGCCCAGGCCAGGAAACUGGUAGAGCAGCUGAAGAUGGAGGCCAACAUUGACAGGAUAAAGGUGUCCAAAGCAGCAGCAGACUUAAUGUCGUACUGCGAAGCCCAUGCCAAAGAGGACCCGCUCCUGUCACCGGUGCCCGCAUCCGAAAACCCUUUUAGGGAGAAGAAGUUCUUCUGUGCCAUCCUGUAAACGGGGUGUGGUUUAUUUGGUCUGACAGGAAGUCUGCUCAUCUUGGGACAUUGAACGAGGACGUUCAAUAUGUAGACAUCUUCUAACAGAAGGGCAUGGAGGAGUAGUACUGUCUCUUUCUCUACAAUGGAAGCUGAAGCAGGCAUUUAAAAACCACAGAGUAAGACGUAACCAUUUACAGCGGUCUGAUCUGACCUGAUCUGAGGGCAGUUUUUGAGGGCUGUGCAGCAUGUUUGAUGGAUCCAUCCGUGUAGUCAGAGGACCACCGAAGAUAGUAUGGUUAUCCACCCAGAAACAUGAUGGACAACCAAUCAACCAAGUCUUCAGGUUGUGUUUAAAAUAAAAUUAAAAUAAUGAAGGAGAAAAAAUAAACAAAAAAAAUGUUGUGGUUCUUUUGGAACAUGAAAUCCAAGUGUUACGUUAAAUGGUGGGUUGGGUAGAUGAGCUGCUUACCACCAGAUACUAACGCCUGUUUAUCGGAAUGUUUUUAUUUUUGCUGUUGUUUAUUUUAUGCAGAUUUUGAUUCUGAGAUGAAUUGGUUUGGCUAUAUCACUUAGACAACUUUCUAUACUGUAUGUGAUUACUGAAACAGCUAUUUUAACUGUUUUUUUUUUUUUUUACAUCGUUAGAAUUGGUGAAAGCUGUUUUAAUGGAAAGUUUGGACGUUCAAUUAAGUGAUAUUCUUUACAGACAUGUUUCUUUAAACUUCUUCUGAGAGAAGUAUACAACAUAUAUAUCUGGCAAUGUGGUACAGUAUGUGUUUCCUUCAGAUACAAGCUCUCUUUUUACUAUUUGUAUAAAAAUACUAGCAAGUAAACUGUGUUGUGCUGUGCGUUCUGAAUGUUUGUGUUUAUCAUUAAUAAUUGCAUGAAAUUAACUAUUUUUUAAUUUUAUUUUUAAUGUGGGGAUUGUAUGAACGAGGCAGCCUCCAUCUGGCAGUGCCAACUGUAUUAAAAAGAUAACAAUGACUCAAAA